AUGCCUCCAGUUCUUUGUAUGAUACGUGAUACUGAAUUACUUUUCUCGAAAAAACUAACACCACAAGAAAAAGCAUUUGAACCAAGUCGAUUCAGACGUAUAAUACGUAAAUUUAUUAAAAAAAUGAAACCUGGUCAACGAAUUAUGUUUAUUGGUAUGUCAUCUCAACCAUAUCGUGCUCGAAUAAAACAAUUAUUACAAAUCUAUGAACAUAUUAUUCUAUUUCCACGACCAAAUUAUGGAUCACGACGAAAAAUUUUCUAUGAAGUUUUAAUUGAAAAAUAUAAUAUGAAUAUUAAUGAUCUUGAGUUAAGUAUUCUAGCAUCAAUAUCAGAUGGUUACACAGUUGGACAAAUUCUUGAAACAAUUGAUAAAGUUAUUAAUAUUAAACAUGAAAAUAAAUAUUCUAAUAAGAUCUGUACAGCCAUUGAUUUUAUUUCUAUACUCGGUACAAAAAUUCCUGUUUUUAUCGAUGAGGAAAAUAAAAUUAAAAAUUGGUAUGCUCAAACAGCAAAUGGUAUCAAACGUUUAAAUGAAAAAGCUCAAACAUCAAUAACAUCAAAGAGAACUUCGUUAAAAAAACAAAGUUAA